GUAAAUGGUGGUCACAGGCUGUUUCAUUCGUCACAUGAUUAAACUGCAGUAUUUGUACGUGCAGAGAAAGUACAACCAGAUUCUGUACGUAGAUACAACAGUGAUCUUGUGGUUGUGGAUCUGUGUGAAAAAAACACCCUCCACUCUGUUUUAUCUGUACUCUUCUUUUUUCAACUUUACUCAUCAGCAGCAUGCCUUCCAUCUUUCAUUUAUUACUCUUUCGUACUCUCAUUUCAUCUUUCUUAAAUCUUAAUUCCUCCACCACCACAGUUUUUCGAAAAAAAAAAGAAAAAAAAAAGAACCCCAAUAACCCAAAGAUGACGUCAUCAUACCUCAAAAUCACAGAGGGAGAUGACGAGGAAGAUGAAGGAGAAAGUGACGUUGAGUUGGAGUUUGUUGGGUCUCCGUUGAAGAGGAAAAAAAUGAAUCUUGGUCAGGGAUCUUCCGGGAGGAGGAGUGGUGGUGGUGGUGCGGCGGCGCCGCCUUGCUGUCUGGUGGAAAGCUGUCGGAAAAAUCUGAGUGGGUGUAAGAAUUACUACCAGAGGCACAAGGUUUGCGAGGUUCAUGCCAAAGCUCCGGUGGUCUUUGUUGAUGGCUUAGGUCAAAGAUUCUGCCAGCAGUGCAGCAGGUUUCACGAGGUGACGGAAUUCGACGAGACGAAGAGGAGCUGCCGCAGGCGCUUAGCCGGACACAACGAGCGUCGAAGGAAGAGCUCGCUCGAGCCCAACACACGAGCAAAACCGUAAUUUUCGAAAAAACUCAAUGUUUCCAAUUGAAUUUGCUUGCUCUCUUCUGUCAUCGUUUCAAAAUGGGAAUUAAUCUAUCUAGAAUAAAAUAGUAUCAACUAGAAAGUAUUUGCAUUAUUCGGACAAUGCCCGUUCGACUUCCGAGUUUUAACUACCGUUCUUGAAUGUCGAACACAAUGACAAUUCAAGACUAUUAUUUAUCCUAAU